AGCUGCUGGAUAACCUUCUGGUCUCACAGCAGCUGUUAACAAACCCACUUUCAGAGCCAAACUACACCCUCUCUACUUCUCUCUGCUAUACUCAUCCUAGCCUGCACUGCUCAACCGACUUGAGAGGAACCAACAAGGUUAUGAGCAUGGAACCCUCUCCCACUGUGCUUCCCACACUGCUGUCCAAUCAGACAGUGGAGAUCUGUGAGCCUGUAGACAACACAAUGGAGAAUCUCCUCUUUGGCCUCUACUACAUCAUCAUCUUUCUUCUUGCUCUGAAUGGCAAUAGCCUUGCCCUGUGGAUCUUCUCUCGUCAGAGAGGAACCUCCUCUCCAGCUAAUGUCUUCCUGAUGCACCUUGCUGUGGCUGACCUUUCUUAUGUUAUUAUUUUGCCUCUACGAGCCACAUACCACUUGACAGGAGGUCACUGGCCAUUUGGAGAGGUUCCUUGCCGUGUAGCUGGCUUCCUUUUCUAUGUUAACAUGUACGCUAGUCUUUACUUCCUGGCUUGUGUAGCUGGUGAUCGAUACCUUGCUGUGGUGCAUGCUGUGAGCUCUUUGAAAGUCCGCCAUGCCCGCUUUGCUCACAUAACCAGUUUUGCUCUGUGGGCUCUAGUAAUUGUAGCCAUGGCUCCCUUGUUGGUGACCCAGCAAACUGUAGAAGCGAACGGCACCACAGUAUGUUUGCAGCUGUAUAGAGAGAAAGCUUCCCGCCGAGCCUUAACCUCCCUCGUCGUUGCAUUCACACCUCCUUUCCUGGUCACACUCUCCUGUUACCUGCUCAUAGUGAACAGUCUGAGGAAGGGUUUAAGGAUGGAGCCGGCACUGAAAGUGCGAGCAUUGCGUACAAUCGGCUUGGUUAUGCUGAUCUAUGUGGUGUGCUUCCUGCCAUAUCAUGUGAGCCGGGCCACAUUUAUCCUGGGUUAUGGACAUCCAGAUCUGUCCUGCCGAACACAGCAAGGUUUAGCCCUGGCUAAUCGUCUCACCUCAUCUCUUUCCUGCCUGAACGGAGCUCUGGACCCACUGGUCUACCUUUUUGGAGCAGAGAAAUUCAGAGGCACUGUGCAAAGACUCCUGUGCAGAGAUAAAUCAGGUGGAUCUGCAGUUACCAGUGGAGAACUUAAAGGGACACAUGAGAGUUCCCUCAGUGCCAAGUCAGAGUUCUGAGAAAACAGCAUUUUAAAAUCUAUACCUGUCAUCUAUAAGCCAGGCUUCAUAUUCUGUUUGAUCAAUUUGAUAUGGUGUAGCUCUUCGUAUAAUGAAGUACAUGGACACUGGGUUUGGGCAUGUCGACGUUUGAACAUAAUUAAAAGUGUUGACUGGCUGGUGUGUGAUUUUCUUAACCGGAAGUGAAAAAGGGAAGUUAUGCAAAUACCAAAGACAUCAGCCAGUUGGUUUAGUCUGAGGAUUUGUCAGAGUACCUGGGCCUAAAAAUACUCAUAAUAAGAAACUAGAUGUUUAUUUACUUAUAAUCCACAAUUUGACACCAUUAUGACCAUUAAAAUCAAAAGUUACAGUUUGUUAAAAACUACAGUCUAAGAUGUAUUCCCGCUUUACACCCAGUAUUCCCAGUACAGGCUCUGGACCCACUGUGACCCUGACCUGGAUCAAUCUUUCUGAAAGUGAGUGAUUGUGUAACAGUACCGGAUGUGAGUGGUCAGAAGACAAAUUUCAUCCAACACUUUAUUUGUUUUACUCACAACAAAUCACUGACAAAUUAUAUUCAAAGUUGUUCGGUUCAACUGAAUCAGUUUUUUGGACUUUGCCAAAAAAAAAAAAAAA